CCCAUCACAUCCCGCCCUCCCCGUCUCUCUCCCACUCUCAGCGCCUGGCUCCAGCGCUCCCCGGCCGCGUCUCCGAGCUCCUAGCGCCCCGCUCCAGCAGCAUGGCUGGCACGUUCGCCCGCGUCCUGUGCGCUCGCAAAUCCGCCGGCCUCCUGGCCGUAGUGGGAGCCGGGUCUCUGGCCACUGGAUUCCUGCUCACCCGGGACGCGGUCAGCGCUGGCGAGAGGCAGCGGCGCUGCUACCCGCCAAGCGCCGAAUAUCCAGAUCUCCGGAAACACAAUAACUGCAUGGCAAGUAACCUGACCCCAGCCAUCUACGCCCAGCUCUGCGAUAAAACCACCCCCAACAGCUGGACCCUGGACCAGUGCAUCCAGACAGGGGUGGACAACCCUGGGCACCCCUUCAUUAAGACUGUGGGCAUGGUAGCAGGUGACGAAGAAUCCUAUGAGGUGUUCGCAGACCUGUUUGACCCUGUGAUUCAGGAGAGACACAAUGGUUACAACCCACGGACCAUGAAACACCCCACGGACCUGGAUGCCAGUAAGGUGCGUAACAUCCUGAGGUCACACGGUGUGGCCUUAAGAGCAUCCUAGUGCCACCAGUGUCAG